AUGGCGGACUACGUGUAUGGCCCCGGGCGGAACCACCUGUUCGUGCCGGGCCCCGUGAACAUCCCGGACCCCGUGAUCCGCGCCAUGAACCGGCAGAACGAGGACUACCGCUCGCCGGCCAUCCCGGCGCUGACCAAGGUCCUCCUCGAGGACGUGAAGAAGAUCUUCAAGACGACCACGGGCACGCCCUUCCUGAUCCCGACGACGGGCACGGGCGCGUGGGAGAGCGCGCUGACCAACACGCUGUCCCCGGGGGACCGCAUCGUCUCCUUCCUCAUCGGGCAGUUCAGCCUGCUGUGGAUCGACCAGCAGCAGCGCCUGGGCUUCGACGUGGACGUUGUGGAGAGCGACUGGGGCCGCGGCGCCGACCUCGCCGCGCUGGAGCGGAAGCUCCGGCAGGACGCGACGCGCCACACCAUCAAGGCCGUGGCCAUCGUGCACAACGAGACCGCCACGGGCGUCACCAACGACCUCGCGGCCGUGCGCAGGCUUCUGGACGCGUACGCGCACCCGGCGCUGCUGCUGGUGGACGGCGUGUCGUCCAUCUGCGCGCUGGACUUCCGCAUGGACGAGUGGGGCGUCGACGUGGCGCUCACCGGGUCGCAGAAGGCGCUGUCGAUGCCGACCGGGAUGGGCAUCCUGCUCUAUGACCUCCACACCGCGCUUGACCUCAUCUUCGAGGAAGGGCUCGACAACGUCAUCAAGAGGCACAACCGCCUCGGCACAGCCACUAGGCUCGCCGUGGAGGCGUGGGGGCUCAAGAACUGCUGCCGGAAGGUGGAGUGUUUCAGCGACACGGUCACCGCUGUCGUCGUGCCGCCAUACAUCGACAGCGCCGAGAUCGUCAAGCACGCGUGGAAGCGGUACAACCUCAGCCUCGGCCUCGGCCUCAACAAGGACGCCGGGAAGGUCUUCAGGAUCGGCCAUCUUGGCAACCUCAACGAGCUGCAACUUCUGGGAUGCCUGAGCGGCGUGGAGAUGGUGCUCAAGGACGUGGGAUACCCGGUGAAGCUCGGUAGCGGCGUGGCGGCGCGGCGGCGUACCUCUCGAAUUCGACGCCUCUGA